AACGAUGCAAGGGUGCCCAUCUCGUGGCCACGGGCAGCACACACCGCCGCUUCCUCCUCCUCACCUUCCCCUCCCUCCACAGCCACUCCUCCCAGCAAGAUGCCCACCAUCAUCUCCUCCUCCUAGACCUCAGCCGCGCCAGCCAUGGCCGCCACCGCCACCGCCACCGCCGCCGCUUCCCUUUCCCUCCACCUCCGCCUCCGCCCUCCUCCCCAUGCCCACCGCAGCCCCCUUCGCCAUGCCCCGUUCCUCCUAUCCCCUUCUCCGUCCACCCCUUGGCCUCCUCACCACCUUCACGUCGCUAACGGCCGGCUCCCUCCCCCUUGCCGCCCCUCUGUGAAGGCGCGGGCAGGUGCCAUCGAGGCUCCGAGCCUCGCGCGCCUUGGGGGCGCCGUAGAGACCGACCGCCUCCCCGCCGACGUGCGCGACCGCGCCAUGGACGCCGUCGACUACUUGGGCGGCCGCGUCACAAUCGGCGACGUCGCCUCCCGCGCCGGCCUGCAGAUUGACCAGGCAGAGCGCGCGCUCCAGGCUCUCGCGGCAGACACCGGGGGCUUCCUGGAGGUUUCGGGGGAAGGGGAGGUGCUGUACGUCUUCCCCGAAGACUACAGGGCGAAGCUCGCUGGCAAGUCAUUCAGAAUGCGGGUCGAGCCACUGGUCGAUAAAGCCAAGGAAGCGGGUGCGUAUCUGGCGCGGGUGUCUUUUGGGACAGCACUAGUUGCUUCCAUUGUGCUUGUAUAUGCUACCAUCAUUGCCAUUCUCUCAAGCUCGAGCAGUGAUGAAGAUAAUCGUGGAAGGCGGCGCAGAUCCUAUGGCUCUACGAUGUUCCUCCCAACAGAUUUAUUUUGGUACUUGGAUGCAGGUUCCUCCAGGAGGAGGCGGGUAGAAAAAGAUAAGGGGAUGAGAUUUAUUGAAUCUGUCUUCUCGUUUGUAUUUGGGAAUGGUGAUCCUAAUGACGGGCUUGAAGAGAGAAGGUGGAAGAUGAUUGGGCAGUAUAUUUCAUCGAAUGGUGGAGUUGUUACGGCAGAAGAACUGGCACCGUAUCUUGAUGUACCGGCACCUGCAGAGCAAACCAACUCCAAGGAUGAUGAAUCAUUUAUUCUUCCAGUUCUUUUACGCUUCCAGGGACAUCCUUUAGUUGACGAUCAGGGAAACAUUCUUUAUCGAUUCCCAUCGCUGCAACGCACUGCUUCCUCGAAAGGAGGUGGGAGUAGGGAAUAUGUUGGUACAAGAUGGUCUACAAUGUCGAGUGGCAUUGAAAAGUUUAUGGAAGAGAAACCAUGGGAAUUCAGUGAAGCAAAUGCAUUAGAGAGGGCAAUGGUUGCUGGUUUGGGAGGACUCAAUCUUUUUGGCGUCAUAAUUCUGGGAAACUUACUGAAGCAAAUGACAAUGACACCUGGUGGGCUUAUCUCAUUUGCUGCGCAGUUAUUUCCCUUGCUUCAGGCAGCAAGAAACUUCCAGAUCUCUACCUCUCCCUCUGUUCUUGAUUGUUGGGUGAAUCCGUAUCUUUGGCGCUGUAUCUUUUUUUUGUUCUCCUUCGUGUGUUAUGAUCGAAGAGUAACAACAUAUAACUUUAGUUAAUUGGGGAGGACUGAGGAGUGAGGACAAUAUAUAGGCAUUGCUUUGGAGAAAAGGUGUUCAAUGUUCAAUGAAUAUUUACAGAAAUAGCUGGCAAUCUAUAAUUUAGUUGCAUUCUAAAUGAAUCGCAUCCUGUGGAGAGUCACUAUGUUCAGUUCUGCAGUAUAUUACAGACAUCCAGGUGACAGUGCUUAGAUCGUACUAUAUUACUGUACAUCCAGAUGACACUAUAUUUUAUUAUCCAGAAACAGUGACAGUGUUUGUAUGCUGCUUAUUUGGUACUUGUGUUGAGGGAUGAUGUUCUCCUCCUAGUGAUGAUUUAGUCUAAUGGUUUUGGUACUUAUGAAAUUUGAAUCUAUAACUCCCAGACUUUUGAUGUGAAUUUUACACUCUGCAAGAAUUUGCAGAGCAAUGUUGACGAAUCUGAAUCCAAGUUUGUGCAACAUAGAUUGUUCUGCAAUAUGUUUUUCUUGUUAAGAUCUUGUCUUUGUUCAAAUAUUUCUGAUAUACUCCCUCCGUCCUAAAAUAAGUGUCUCAACUUUGUACUAGCUCUAGUACAAAUUUGUACUAAGCUCAAGACACUUAUUUUGGGACGGAGGGAGUAUUUGUUUCACGCUAAAAUCUUACUAGAAUUGUGUACCAAGUCCAAGAGAUACACCCUACCAAACAAACUCUUGUCUCAGCAUGCCUCAACAAAUAACAUCUUAUCUCAGCAUGUCUCAGUGGAUACCGGCUACCAAACACAUCAGGUUGUAUACUCUCAGCAUGUCUCAUCGGAGAAUAGCCAUGUCAGGGUGAUACCAGCUACUAAACACACCCCUUCAUUACUCAUUGUACAAGGCAUAUGUCUGAAAGAAAUCAUGAGCCCUUUCUCUUUUCUGAAUGGCAUUUCUGACUUCUGUAUGUGUAUGUAGCAAACUGUUGAUUUCUAAAUUAUGUGUUAAACAUACGAUGAAUAUUAUUGAUGACAUAUUGAUGAAUAUUACUCCCUCCUUUCCGGUUUAUAGGGCUCAUCUCAAAAAAAUUUGUUUUUCCAUUUUAUAAGUCUCAGUUCUACUACUCAUCAUCACAUGUUCAGAUUUCAAGAUGCAUUAAAUCACUGCAUGCAAGGAUCAAGAAAAAACUAACCAAUGCAUGUUGAAGUUUUUGGUCGUUUAAUGGUCAUGCAUGCAUGCAUUGUAAUUAAAAGUGUAGUAUUUUUUUUUUGCAAACUACGAAAUUUAUUCCACCACUUACCAUCUACCUUGGUUGGAGAGAUUUACAAAUUGAGCCCUAUAAACCGGAAAGGAGGUAGUAUUAAUGAUUACUGAUCAUUCAUUCAUUCUUAAAACAUGUGACCAU